AUGUUCUGCAAAUCUUUGGAAACUAUUGAUAUCACAAAUGUUGUAAAAAUUAAAUCACGUGCAUUUUAUGGAUGCGAAAAAUUGAAGAAUAUUUGGCCACAAGUUCAAGGAGAAGAUUACGCAUUUGCGUUUUGUAGUUCAUUAGUUGACUGUAAUGUUCAAAUACAUGCUGGAAUAGGUUUAUUGAUGAAUUGUACAAGUCUUGAAUCAGUUACACUUCAUGGAGUUCAGUAUAUUCCAGAUAAAAUGUUCUUUGGUUGUUCCAAACUGAAAACAGUUGUAUGGCCAGAUAUUCUUAAAGGAAUAGGAAAUUAUGCAUUUUACGGAACCAGUCUUGAAGUUCCAUUUUUGGAUCUCUCUGAUACUGUGGAAAUAGGCAAUUUUUCAUUUAAAGGAACAAAAAUUGAAAAAAUAAAAUUUGGCAGCGAUUACGUUUAUUAUCGUAAAGAAUGUAGUAAAACAUAUUAUUCAGUGUGUCCAGGUGUUAGUGUGACUAAUGAAAUACCAUUUAUUGGGGUAUCAACAAUAAAAGAAAUCACUCUGGGUAUAAAUGUGACAGAAUUCAAAGCUAUCAAUUUUCAAGAUUCUUAUGAUAUCAACAUUAAAUUAGAUGAGGGAUCUGGUUUCCAAAUUGUUGACGGAAUGCUUAUGAAAGACAAUGAAAUAUUAUAUUAUAUUCCUGGUCAAUCAACAAGGAAAACUAUCACAAUUACAGGUCCAUCAUCAAAGAAAACAUUAUCAAGCUCAAUUACAAAAAUUCAUCCAUACGCAUUCACAACAUCAAAAUUAGAAGAAGUAGUAAUAAAUAGUUACAUUGAAAUCAUGGAGAAAGCAUUCUAUGGAUGCAAAUCUCUUAAAUCAAUCACAUUUAAUUUUAAUCAACCACAAAAAUCAUUAGAUGCUAGUAUUUUUGAAAAUUGCAUCUCAUUGACAACUGUUAAUUUAUGUCCAUCAUUCAAAGAACUUGGUGAAAGUUCAUUCAGAGGUUGUACUUCAUUAGAAACAAUUACAAUUCCAGAAGGUACAGAACGUAUAGGCAGUUAUUGCUUUGCAGAAUGUAGUAAAUUGAAGAAUAUAAACUUUCCAUCGAAUCAUCUAUAUGUUGGUGACUAUUGCUUCUCAAAUUGUCAAAGCUUAACAAAUCUUGAUCUUAUCAAUAAUCUUGAGUUUGGAUCAUUUGUUUUUAAUUCAUCAUCACUGAUUUCAGUUAAAAUUAAUGCAUCCAAUAUAUAUAAAGGAAUGUUUAAUAUGUGUGAUAAGUUACAAAAGGUAGAUAUCCUUGGAGAUGAAGGAGAUAAUUAUAUUGGAUCAUAUUUCUUUAAUUCCACAAGUAUAUCUGAGAUCUAUUUGCCAUCUAGUAUUAAAAGCAUUGAUGAUUUUAGUUUUGCUUUCACGAAAAUCAAAUUUUUCUUUAUUCCAAAAACUCUAACAUCAAUACAUCCUCAAGCAUUUUAUGGUAUUGAAGAUAUUGAAUUAGAAUUAGAUUGCGAUCAUCCAAAAUUUAUAUUGGGGGCUCAUGAACUUAUCGAUAAAAAUACAAAUACUUUAUUAAUGACAUAUGGAAAACUUCUAUCAACAUAUAUUGUUCCUUCAAGGGUAAGGCACAUUGCAGUAAAUGCAAUAAAUUCAUAUCCAAAAUAUAAUGAAACUUCAAGAAAAGUUAUUGAUUUUGGAGUCACAACUUUAGUUAUCAGAACAAAAGUAGAACUCAGCGAAAACUUUGGAUAUCGCCCUGAAAAUUUUGUUCCGCAUAACAAUUUUCCAAUUUAUAAUGCACCGUAUUUGCACAAUCUUUGUUAUGGUGGAACCGUUAGAUCAACAGGCAUCUACAAUGUUCCAAGAGUUUUUGUUUCAGAUAAUUAUGCUAGAUCAAUUUGGAAUCAAGUACCAAGAAUUAUAGCAAUCAAAGAUGAAUGUGAUUCAUCAGUUCCAUUUGAGAAUUAUGCAAAAUAUGAUUAUACUUAUCCAAAGAAUCCAAAGUAUAUUCAGCUUCCUGAGCAAAUUCUUCCACAAGAAGCUAAAAAGUGUGCAUUGAUUGAUGAUCCAUAUGAAAUUCCUAAAGUUGAACCAGAAAUAAGUCCAGAAGAAAAUUCACAAGAUCAAACAGUUUCACAGAGUUCAUCACAAUCUGGAAACUCUGCAUCUUCAGAGACUAAUAAUUCAGCACAAGUUACUGAACUAAUCAAUAUUGAUGAAAUAAAACCUAGUCAAACUAAAAACACAAUGUUAACAUACAUCCUUCUUGCAGUUGCAGCAGCAGAAGUUUUGAUGGUUGCAGGAUUGAUUGCAUUCUUGAUUCAUAAGAAUAGAGAAGAUAGUUCAGAAGAGAGUUUCGUUGAAAUGUCAGAACAUGUUAUCACAAAUCUCUCUACCGAGAUUACAUUUACAAACCCACUUUUCUCAAUGAACACAACUAUUGAAGAUGAUCCAUUUGCAAGUGACUUUGAAGAACAUGCAAAUAAUGACGAAGGUUAUUUCGAUAACUGUUUAUGCGAUGAUGAAUAA